GCAGUGUCACACUCCACGAGCACAUGGCUUGAUGCCACUGACUUCAUAAAGAAAGCACGAGCACAUGGCCUAAUGUCACUGACUUCAUAAAGCACGAGCACAAGGCGGGACUGCGAUCGAGUUUCUAUCUUGGUUGCAUAGCUCUUGUAGCAGCAUUAUUGAGCGUUGCCCCGCCGGCAAGACUGUCGUGAUUGCACUCCAGGACCGCCUUCAACCAGAACAACGCAGGCGCGACUACCCAGAUUCGAGAACACACAAUCUGAAGAAAAGCUUGUGCCCUGGAACAGCGUCCGUGGAAUACUUCACAACACUUUGAGCCGAGUCCAAGGAAGGUGGCACCAUGCCGGUGGCAGACGUGCUAAAGGCAUGGGAGACAUGCGACAAGACCGACACACUGUUCGUACUUGUCUGCACAGUCUUCUGCUGGCCUAUCAUUCCAGCUGUCGGCAUUGCAUACUCUGGGUAUUCAUGGAAGCGUAAUGGACUCACAUCCUUCAUGCCAGCCAUCCUCACGAUUGCAGUGUGUAGCGUACAAUGGUUCGUCAUAGGCUACACCUUGGCAUAUGGAGAGACUGGUGCUGUAUUUGGCGACCUGAGGAAUGCUUUCCAUAUCGGAGUCCUGGCUGAGCCCGUUGGUACAAUUCCAGCGAUCUUGUUCUCGGAGUUUCAGCUUGUGUUUGAGGCGACUGUUUGUGCCAUUGCGGUCGGAGGAGCUUGUGAGAGAGGCAGGCUUUGGCCGCUGGUUCCAUUCGUUUUCCUCUGGGGCACAUUUGUCUACUGUCCUCUCGCACACAUGGUCUGGGGAGGCGGAUAUCUUGGAAAAACUCUAGGCGUGCUGGACUUUGCUGGAGGAACGCCCGUCCAUGUCUGUUCUGGAGCAACAGCCAGCGCGAUUAGCAUCUAUAUGAGUUAUCCGCUCUUCCGCUCCCGAGGGUCAAAAACACGGACACCUUCGCAUAUUGCGCUCCACAAACCAGGAAAUUCUUACUCGCAAAUUCUGGCGAUGACCAUAAUCUGGGGCUCCUGGUUGGCAUUCGACGCAGGCACGACCUUAAGCCUCACCUUCCAGUCCGUCAUGGCUCUAUGCGUCACGAAUCUCUGCGCGUCCGCUGGGGCUCUGACUUGGGCUUGUACGACAUUCGCAGAGACGCGCAAAUGGUCUCUCGACUCGACCUUUAUGGGCGCAAUUGCAGGUCUUGUGAUGAUCACGCCUUCAGCAGGCUUCAUAGAUAUGCCGACCUCCUUGCUCUUCGGCGUCGUUGGAGCUCUUGUCUGCCGCCAAGCCCUUCGUAUCAAGUUCACCGAUUUUGCGAGGCGCUGGAAGUGGGUCGACAAUGGCGAUACUUUUGCUACUCAUUGUGUUGGUGGCAUUACAGCUACAAUCUUCACGGGCCUCUUUGCCCAGAAGGAGGUGGCUGCGUAUGGAGGCGUAGAGGUGGAAGGCGGGGCUUUCUUCGACGGCAAUUGGAGACAAAUCUGGGUGCAGAUUGUCGAGGCAUUGAUCGGCCUGGCCUGGGCAUUUGUGGGCUCGUACGCGAUCAUUGCAUUGAUCGAUUGUGUCCCGGGAUGGGAGGUCCUGGCGACAGAUAAGGAGGUCUUGGCUGGGCUCGACUAUAGCCAGACGGAGGAGUCUAUUUUCACCGACGAGACGGAUGAAGAUAAGGAGUACUCUCCGAUCAUGCGUUCACAUAUCGAUGAGGCAUGA